GUUUUUGCAAUUAAUUUCAGCUUUCAGCAUUCCAACGCAUUUUCAGCAGGAAAUGCAUUUUCUAGUUUUAAAUGUCCUGCAGUGAGCCGUAGGAGAAUCGUAUGAAUCGGGCCUUUAGUUACUUAAAUACUUUUACAGCCUAUAUUCUAUAAGUAGGGGAAGCAUUGUUAAAUACAUUUCAACUUUGAAGAAGGUGUAUUUCCUACUUCAGCACUGAAGAGGGGCUGAGUUGAGCUACCAUGUUACUUUUGGCUGCUUAAAAAUACGGACUGCCUCAAUGAGGAGCAAUGUGUGAAGCCAGAAAGCUCACAGUGACACUGUGGGCCUUUUUGCUAUAAAUUGGUAAAUUAGCAGUAUGUAGACAGUAGAUUUAUGUCAUUUGAAAGACUGCCUGUGGGGAUUCUCCACAAAGUACAUCAGAGGAAAAGAAAAAUAGACUCUGACUCUUUAAAUACAAAGAUGUGUUGGAAUCAUCGUGGGUUGUUACAUGUGAGUGUUGGAAGUGUGGACUGUGCUUCUACGCUGUGUCUCUGUGCUCACAGACAGUGGAAGCAGCUCCCCACUGCCCAAGUUCGCCUCCUCUCCCAAACCUAACAACAGUUACAUGUUCAAGCGGGAGCCGCCAGAGGGCUGUGAGAAGAUUAAAGCUUUUGAGGAGAUGAGCUCCAGGCAGUCCACAUCAGCUUCGAUCCCCCUCUUCUCCUGCCCCGACAAAAACAAGGUCAACUUCAUCCCAACGGGCUCGGCGUUCUGCCCCGUCAAACUCCCCGGCUCCCUGCACCUCAUGCCGGCCUCGGAGCCCGAGGAGGAGGAUGAGGCAAUCGCCGGCUCGGACCCCACUCAGGUCUCCACUAGCACCAGCACAGACGACGCCCCGGAGGAGCCCGGAUCGCCCUCAGAGACUGCAGACCCCCAGACAGACAGCCCGGCUAUCAGCUAGACCGGAGCGGAGCUGGCCUCUGCCCUCCGGGAUCCACCCACCACGACCAUCAUCCGUCACCACUGACUGUCCCACCCACCAACACCUCCCCCUCCGUCUCUCUGUGCUGACCCCCCUCCACAUCUGCAUGACGUAGCAACAAUGUCCCGAAUAAACAACCACCGCCACCCCGAAGACCCGCCACCUUACUGCAUCGUGUCUGAGCUGUGAAAGGAGCUGAUGGUCAAAGGUGAUGGUCUGCAGGCAUCGGAGGGAAGAAAUGUAGCACGAUGGAUUGGGGGGGGGGGGCAUGCAUUUUAAACUGGUAGUAUAUUUCUUAAUUAAAUGAUGUGUUGUGUUGUGUUCUGUUUCAACAUUCACAGUAUGAAUAAGCUCUCUAAACAUAUACUAUAUACACAUAUAUCUCCAAGAAAAAUGCUUGUUUAAAAAAAAUAAAAAUAAUAAUAAUCCCAAAUGGUGUAUUGCUGUGUUUAUGUACCCAACAGGAAAAAAAACAGCUGUACUAUUCAGGAUUAUGUUUACACUAUCCAGGUCACCCUGUCUAAAAAAAUGCAAUGAGAAAAUAAUUUGGGCAAAGAAAAGAAAAUGGCCUCACAUUGGUUGCACAGUGUCUGCAUCCGGCCACGCUUCAGGUAUUUCACAAUCAGAGUCUAUACUCAGGUAAUUUGGAAUGUAUGUCCAUACCAAUAUCUGCAGCCUGACGAAGCAGAACAGAUUGACCGCCAUUUAAUUCUGUUUUUCUUCUUCUCUCAAUCCCAGACAAAUCAUUGCUCUCUGGUCCAGAGUCUAGUCUGACACUCGACUCGUGAUAGCUGACUGCAGCAGGUAGAGGCUGAAGUAGUGACUGGUGGUGAGAU